AUGGUGUCUGAGAGGUGUUGUGUGGAGCCGAUUUUUGAUAGGGAUAUGAAGGUAGACGUGUUGGCUAUUCAUGGGGGAAACGGUGAUACAGAUGAUCUUUUAAGAUACCCUAAGAAGAUGGAUGUGGAAGAUGAAUGUAAAAGUGAGGUCUUUAGGGAUGGAGAUGAGCACAAUACUUUGGACAUGAUUCAUAAAGUGAAUACAUCUUGCGUUGAGAGUAGAGAAGAAGUUGGUACCCCGAGGAGUGAAAAUGGUCAAGGAAAUGUUGUGGUGGAAAGAGAAACGAAGGAUGGACAUGAGUCUUUGGUAAGGGUAAAUAGGGAUGCGGUGUUAGAGAGAGAUGCUGGAGAAUCUAGUUCAGGUUCACCUGACUCAAAUAUUCUUGGUAUAGAGAUUAAAGAACUUGAUACACAAGUGGCAAAUGGUCAUCUGAAGGUGGAGGAUACAGGGAGGGAUGAGAACAGGGUGUUGGAAAAGGACGCUGAAAACAAUUUGGGUGUGAUGCUGAGGGCAAAAGAUGAUGAACCGCAGAGUCUAAGAUCUGAGACACAAACUGAUGACAAAACUGUUAGAAAUAUGGAAAAGAGCCAAGUUACACGAGAGCAAGACUCUCCCUCGUGUGUUCCGGAUGCAGUUAAAGCAGCUGGAGAGACAUUUCAAAACGUAUACUUUAAUGGACCGGUCUUACCACAGUCGCCAUCACUAGGACAUAAGCACGUCCAAAGUGAGAUAGAGACUCCAGGACACAGGCGCACAAAUAGUUUCCAGAGACUGAAAACUCAGAUGCAUAAAGCUUGGCGUGGGGUCAGCAAUCUACGUGAGGAUAAUCGUCCAACUUUCAAUCCUGAGGUCUUGGCAAAUCAAAAACGACAGUGGUACCAGCUCCACUCUUCAAAAGAUCUGGACCAAACUAAGGAACCAAUCUCACUCUUUGAACAUUUUAUCAUUGUGGGGCUUCAUCCGGAAACUGAGUUGAAGCCAGUUGAGGAGGCCUUCCGUAGAAGGAAGAAAUGGGAGAUGGAGAUGUCAAGGUAUGAAGUGGCUGACUACAGAAUACUCCGUCACCGUGGGCCUCAGUUUCCAGUAUUGGAGCCACAGAUACUUUUUAAAUACCCUCCUGGGAAGAAGGUGGCAAUGCGCCCAAAAGAUCUAGCAACUUUCUGCUUCCCUGGUGGUGUCAAGGCACGACUUUUGGAGAGGACCCCAUCUCUCAGUGAUCUAAAUGAGCUUGUGUAUGGACAGGAACAUUUAGGAAAAGAUGAUUCAUCGUUCAUAUUUUCGUUCAAGGUAGCAGAUGACGCGACAUUGUACGGUGUUUGUUUACAUGUCUCGGAGAUUGUUCAGAGACCUCCUGGUGUUUUAAGCACAGCGUCACCCUUGCAUUCAUCUGGAGGAGGCAGUCGUUUUUUGGUUUCUGCACCUCGAUGCUAUUGCUUGCUUACCAGAGUUCCUUUUUUUGAGCUACACUUUGAGAUGUUAAACAGCAUGAUUGCACAGGAGCGCCUAAAACGGAUAACCGAUUUUGUUAGUGAGAUGUCUCUGGCUGCGGCAUGCCAUAGCCCAUCAGUUUCGAGAUUUAAUGGCUGUGUUUCUUCACCUCGUAGCAACCCUGAUAAUUGGAUGGCUUCUGCGAUACCUGUGGAUGGAGUCAUGGCACUCACGGCCGCUGCUGCUGGAUUGAUAUCUGAUAGUGACAUUGAGAACUUUGCAGAACCGCAAUCUCCAGAUAGUGUCGUCACCAGUGAUACUUCAGAGGUAAGUCAUAUCAAGGAAAUAGAAAGAGAUGGGAGAAAAGUUUUUCACUGCUACGAGGACAGUUCUUCUGAAGUAUCUGAGAACCACUUGGAUACCCCCGAAAGAAGGUUUCAAAGCUUUGAGAACGGCCAUGUUUCUCCGGAGAUUACAUGUACCGAUCCUAGGACCCAACCGAUAGAGCAUAUUGAAAGCUGUGAGUCCGUGUUCAGUUCAGCUAAAAGUGUGUUGUCAGAUGAGGUUGAUGAUAUAUCGAACAGCGAAAAUGAUUUUGAAGAUGACUUAGUUCUGGAAUGGGCUAAGGAACAUAACAAUGAUGCGUUACAAUUAAUCUGCGGCUACCAUUCAUUGGCAAUUCCUUCCCGUGGAAGUGAAGUAGUUUUCCAGCCGCUGGAGCAUUUGCAAUCUAUCCAGUAUACACGGCCACCUGUUUCAGCUCUUGGAUUGUCAGAAGAAUAUAUCUGCUCUUCUGAUUCUUCCGGGAUAAAUGCGAGGUUGGCAGCUGCUGAAGAGGCUAUGGGUCUCUCAAUGUGGACAACGGCAACAGUUUGCCGUAUUCUCUCUCUUGAAACUAUUUUGUCACUCGUUUCUGGAGUUUUAUUAGAGAAGCAAAUUGUGGUAAUCUGCCCAAAUCUGGGUGUUUUGUCAGCAAUAGUACUGUCUCUUGUCCCAAUGAUUCGGCCGUUUCAGUGGCAGAGUUUAUUGCUUCCGGUUUUGCCCGGAAGGAUGUCUGAUUUCCUCGAGGCACCCGUUCCUUUCCUUGUCGGAAUACACAAUAAACCUACUGAUUGGAAGGUCAAGACGUCUAAUCUUGUUUUAGUUAACAUCCUCGGCAAUCAGGUGAAAAUAUGUAACAUGCCAGCAUUGCCUCAGCGUAGAGAACUUAUGGCUCAGUUGACUCCAAUCCAUGCCAUACUGGCUCAUCAUAGCUCGACUGCUAGAAAGCACCCGGUUUAUAAAUGCAAUGAAGUACAAGCAGAAGCUGCGACUAAAUUCUUGAGAGUAAUGAGAGAUUACAUGGAGUCUCUUUGUUCAGAUUUACACUCUCACACCAUAACAAGUGUUCAAUCAAAUAGCGACAGGGUUUCUCUACUUUUAAAGGACAGUUUUAUAGAUUCAUUUCCUGGUAGAGACCGACCCUUCAUUAAGUUAUUAGUAGACACACAAAUGUUUAGCGUUCUAUCUGACUCACGGUUAUCGAGCUUUGAGAACGGACGUCUUUAGAGCUUCAUUUUGCCAUCAACCUAUACAAAAUACAAACUGAAGAAACAAACCAAAGUCAAACUUAUAUGAAGAAGCAAAAGAGGGUACCUUUUACUACCCUUUACACUCACAAGACUUCACAGGUGAUACUUUUAUAUCAUUAACAAACUAUACUUGUUUGAAAGCUUGCUUCUUGCUCUUUGUAAAUUAUGACCGCUCGAUAGGAGAUUUUGUUUGUUGAAGUUGUACAGAACACUUGAAACCCUUUUACUUAUUUCAAGUGCUUGAUUUUGAUAUGUUAAACAGUUCUCACAAGAGAAAAAUACGGACAUGUUGCUAUGGUUUGGAUUAUUU